AUGCGUGUCCUGAUCGUGAUCGUCGCUAUCUGUGCUAUCGGCAUCUAUGCCGCUCCUCAACAUGGAUAUGACUACGCCAGCAGCAGCAACAGUGUAUUAUCAGCACGCGCUGGCAGCAACGGUAUCCUUCCAGUUGGCGGUGGUGGUGGUGGUGGUGCUGGUGCUGUUGCCAACGGUCAAGGCAAUGCUCUAAACCAUGGCAGCGGGCGCGGUGGUGACAAAUAUUUGCCACCCGAAUCCGACCAACAAUCACCACUCAUCAAUAAACAAUUCUACACAAUCUCCGCACCCGAAGAUAAUACACCGAAAGCAAAACAUUUAGUUUUGGGCAAACCGCAAAAGAACUACCGUGUGAUCUUCAUCAAGGCACCACAACCCGAUGACGUUAAGUAUUCGGCUGAAUUUGCACCACAAGAAGAGAAAACUGUUAUCUAUGUGCUGCACAAGAAGGGCGAAGAUGUCGAUGCGGCCAACAUUGCCACACCAGCGCCAACCGUGCCGAGCAAACCAGAGGUGUUCUUCAUCAAAUACAAGACACCUGAGGAGGCACAACAAGCCCAGAAAGAAAUUCAGGAUCAAUACGACCAACUGGGCGGAAACAAUCAAUUCGGCGAGGAUACGGCACCUAUUACCUCGGUCGUUGGCGCUUUGGACAGCCUCAAUCCUGAUGGCAGCUAUAAUUAUCGUCAAGUGAACAGCAACAGCGGCAGCUCUAAUUUGUCUGACGCUCAGCAGCCCAGCUCACAACAGCAGCUCAGCACACAAUAUUUGCCAUCUUUCCUAAAGCUUUAAAAUUGAGAUUUGAC